AAAGAGAAAAAAAUAAUAAUUAAAUUAAUUGGGGGAAAAUGAAAAUGAAAAUGAAAAUCGGAAUCGCAAUCCGAAACAGCCAACAAAUUUCUUGCAAUUGAAGGUAUCUCUUUGGUUUCUUCUCCAGACAAAACCCAUUUGCCUACUUCUCUUUUGCUCUUCACAAGAACCCCUCAGUAACAAAGUACUGUCUUUGUCCUAAUGGGUCGCGAAUCUGUGGUUGCUGUGUCUUCUCCGGCGACUGCGCCGGGUGCUGUUGUGGCGGCGACGGCGCUUGCUCCUGGGUUUCGAUUUCACCCGACUGAUGAGGAGCUUGUGAGCUAUUACUUGAAGAGAAAGGUUCUGGGGAAGCCUGUGCGGUUCGAUGCGAUUGGGGAGGUUGAUAUCUACAAGCACGAGCCUUGGGACUUAGCAGUGUUUUCGAGGUUGAGGACAAGGGACCAGGAAUGGUACUUCUACAGCGCGUUAGACAAGAAGUACGGUAACGGCGCUAGGAUGAACCGAGCUACUAACAAAGGCUACUGGAAAGCGACUGGCAAAGAUAGAGAGAUCCGCCGUGACGUUCAGAUCCUCGGUAUGAAAAAGACUCUAGUCUUCCACAGCGGUCGUGCCCCGGACGGGCUCCGUACCAAUUGGGUUAUGCACGAGUAUCGUCUUGUGGAUUAUGAAACUGAAAACAAUGGGAACUUGGUGCAAGAUGCGUAUGUGCUGUGUAGAAUAUUUCACAAGAAUAACAUUGGGCCACCUAGUGGGAACCGAUACGCACCGUUCAUAGAAGAGGAGUGGGCUGAUGAUGGUGUAACUCUUAUCCCAGGAGUAGACGUUAGUCUCAGGGCAGAGCCGUUGCCAUUAGCCAAUGGAAACAACCAGAUGAGCCAGAACUCUAUCCAGUCACCAAGCAAGGACUUCAUUAACAUCAACGAGCCACCAAGAGAGACUACUACUCCAAUGGAUAUCGAAGUCAACCAUAAGAAUAACCAUUGUGAUGAAGAAGAAGAGGAAGCACUCAAACGUGAGGAGGCAGAUGAAGAUCAUGAGCGUCCUCCUCCUCCUUUAUGCAUUCUCAACAAAGAAGCUCCGUUACCUCUCCUCCAAUACAAACGCAGACGCCAAAACGAUUCAAGCAGGACCACACAGGACCACUGCUCGUCCACAACAACAACCGUCGACAACACACCAACCGCUGCUGUGGCCACCAACACGGCCAUCUCUGCGUUGCUCGAGUUCUCUCUCAUGGGCAUCUCCGAGAAGAAAGAAAACCAUCAACCUCCUCUUACUCCACUUCCAUCUCCUGAAGAGAAGGUGAAUGAUCUCCAGAAGGAGGUUCACCAGAUGUCUGUUGAGAGAGAGACAUUCAAGCUUGAGAUGAUGAGUGCAGAGGCUAUGAUCAGUAUUCUCCAGUCCAGGAUCGAUGCUCUGCGUCAGGAGAACGAUGAGCUCAAGAAGAACAACGCUAAUGGACACUAAAUGCUCUAAAAACCCCAUCUCUCCAGGUGUCUUCUUUGCUUUUUUUAGCUGUAAUCUCCCUAAAAUAUUGUGAGCUAUCUAUGUAGCUUCUUCAGACGGAUUGAGAACCGUGUAAAAUUAGGAUAAACCGGGACCGGUUUGGUUUUUUUUUUCUGAUGGGUUCUACAUCUUUUGAGAACAUUCUCAGGUUGCUCCAUUGUCAUAUAUUAUCAUCUAAGUCUAUUCAGUUAAGAACUCUCUGUAAUCUGUUUCAAGGAAUGUUCAAUCUAUAUGAUUAAGUGCUU